AAUAAUUCGCUGUUUAGUUUAAAAUGUUUAUAAGACCAAUUGAAUAGGAACAAAAUGGAAUCUGUGUGCUUCUCUACCCUGUGUACCAAAAAAAAACAAAAAACUUUUGCCUGAAAAGUGCCCUUUUGUUAUCUCAAUGAGUUUUGCCCUUUUAACGCCCGCUACACACUGUUGAUAUACACUUUUGAUUUCUGAAACUUCGUAGGGGGCUAGAUAAAGAAUGCAGUGUUAAAAAAUAUAAUCGGUCUACUAUUAAUGACGGACGAUUAUAAUUAAUUGUAUUGACUUUCGUUUAGGACAGCCAGCGACAAGGCUUCUAGUAUCACGUGACUUAGAGAAAAAUGGCGGGGAAAGGCUUUAUACGAGUAAAGUUAGUUCAAGUGGAGUUUGGAGACGAGGUAACUGACGGUUCGACUUCAGAAAUAGAAGACCCGUACUGUGCUGUUAAUGUUAAGGAAACAGUAGAGACACCAGGAAAAUCUGGUGUCCAGCUUGUCCAACGAAAGAAGACUUCUUACCCAGAGUGGAAUUCUUGUGUCGACGUGCAGUAUUCUCGAGGUUCACUAGUUCACUUUGUAGUGAUGGAUAAGCCAAACAAGCUGUUGGCAGACCUACUAAUCCCUAUUCAAGUGUUGGCAGACAAAUGUAAAAGUGAUGACGAUGACCCUUUCAACUGGCUCAAACUGCGACCAAGCGGAAGGCUGUGUGUCCAAAUGAGAUGGUACAAGCAAGGUGAAAUUCCAUUGUUGGAAGACGAAAUGAAGACAACUGGAGGAAUCACGAGACGUCGAGUCGCGAUAAAGCAUCAGAAAGUUCAUGAAGUAAACGGCCAUAAAUUUAUUGCCAAGUUUUUCAGGCAGCCAACUUUCUGUGCCUUUUGUAAGGAGUUCAUGUGGGGUUUUGGAAAGCAAGGCUACCAAUGCCAAACUUGCGAAGUAGCUGUACACAAGCGUUGUCAUGACAAAUUUUUAGGGAAAUGUCCUGAAGCUGGAAAAGAUUCUCAGAAGACAGUGUACUUGAGAGAGAGGUUUAAGAUCAACGUGCCCCACCGGUUCAACGUGUACAACUACAUGAGCCCCACUUUCUGUGAUCACUGUGGUUCUCUCCUCUACGGGCUGUUUCGUCAGGGUUUGAAGUGUGAUCAAUGCAAGCUGAACUGUCACCAUAAGUGUGCUGGAUAUGUACCCAAUUUGUGUGGGAUUAACCAGAAGUUGAUGUCGGAAAUACUGGCGGUUGUGAAGAAAGAUAUAUGUCCAACAAGUGAGACCACGAAGGUAGGAGAUACUCCAGACAAGUCUUCAUCUUUUGUGCUUCCACCAUCACCACUGAGCAGUGACUCUGAAGAGGAUUGCGAACAUGUGUGGGAACAAGUUAGCAGCGAACACUCUUCCUCUGAAACACGUGAAGUUCUGGAAGCUACAAACAACGUUAGUCCCAACGUUUCCAAACCUCGCCAAGAAAAAAAAUAUACGCUGAACGAUUUCCGUUUGUUGAAAGUCCUGGGAAAGGGAAGCUUUGGAAAAGUCAUGCUGGGAGAAUUAAAAGAUGAUAAAAAGUUUUACGCUAUCAAAUGUUUGAAGAAGGAUGUGAUUCUGGAGGACGACGACAUCGAAUGCGUUAAGAUAGAAAGAAAAGUUUUGACUCUUGGAAGUAGUAACCCUUACCUUUGUUCACUUCUUUGCACCUUUCAAACUGAGAGCCACCUAUUCUUCGUCAUGGAGUACCUGAGUGGAGGAGACCUCAUGUUUCACAUACAACAGUCGGGAAGGUUCGACCAAGAGCGGGCAAGGUGGUUUUAUUAA